AUGUCGAACUCCUCCACACCUGCCCAGGCGCAGUCGCGCUUCAAGGCGCCAAACAACUUGUCCACGCAAGAGCGCAUCUCGACCAACACCGUGGGACUGGUGAACCUGUCCGACUUCCGCAAGCGCAGGGCAGAAGUGCUGGAGCAGCAGGAGCGCGAGGCCAGGGAAGCGCUGCGCUCAGGUACGACAACCCCUUUGAUCGACCGGUCACAGAGCGCGACUCCGAAUAACCUGAGCGAUGGGGGUAGCGAGCGGCCAGUGAAGAAGCAGAAGAAACCAAAGAAGGCACUGGUGUCCUUCGGCGAUGACGACGAGGACGACGACGCAGGGCCUGCUCUGAAACCCAAGGGCAAGGCAAAGAAGGCCACGAACCUGACCAGCAAGGGCGGUGAUCAACCGGAGCCGAGUACCGACGGCGACCUUAGCACCAAUGACAGCAAGAAGCCCGGCGGGAAGAUCGCGGCCAAUACCUCUGUCGGCUUCGUCCCCCGCGCCAUGACAAAAUCGGCGCUGCGGCGCGAGGCGGCUGAGCGGGAUGCUCUCAGGAAAGAAUUCCUUGCUCUCCAAGAGGACGUCAAAGCCACCGAGAUCGCAAUGCCUUUCGUCUUCUACGACGGUACCAACAUACCCGGCGGCACAGUCCGUGUCAAGAAGGGAGAGUUUGUCUGGGUAUUCCUGGACAAGUCCCGCAAGGUCGGUGCCGAGCUCGGCGUUGGCGGCGAGAAGAACGCCAAUGUCAGAAGGGAGUGGGCUCGCGUUGGUGUCGAUGACUUGAUGCUGGUUCGUGGCACGAUGAUCAUUCCGCACCAUUAUGAAUUCUACUUCUUCAUAAUGAACAAGACGGUGGGACCGGGCAACGUCCGCCUAUUCGACUACAGCGCCGAGGCUCCCUCCAAGACUCCUCGCGCGUCAGCAUCACCCGAACCAUCACCGAAUCCCCUCUCCUCAUCGGCCAGUAAGGGCGGUAUCAACAGCAGUCUGGUGGACAUCAAUGCUCUCGAGGGGGCAAACGAGGACCCUGCGUUCACCAAGGUCGUCGAUCGGCGGUGGUACGAGCGCAACAAGCACAUCUACCCGGCGAGCAUGUGGCAGGAGUUCGAUCCAGAGAAGGACUACACGUCCGAGGUUCGUAGGGACACCGGUGGCAACACUUUCUUCUUUACGAAGUGA